CCUCUGAAACUGUUUCCAUUUGCCGAGAGACCAGACCACGACGUCGGACGGAGCACCCAGCCCCAGCAGCGGCUCAGCCGCGGACGGCAACGCUCAGGAGAUGCUGCACAGGAACACGUCUCAUCGCGACGGGGCCCAAGGGGAAACGCCGUCGUCGUCGCCUUCCGCCGCGGCCAGGUCACCGUCCGCCGCCAGGUCGUCGUCCGCGAGCAGGUCUUCUGGGCCGAUGACGCCUCCGUCGGCGGCGACGGUGCGCGAGGCCCCGGACCCUCCGCCGGCGAGGCAAGGCUUCAUCGUCGGAUUGUACCUUCAUGGCGGUGUGCUGCUGCUGCCUAGUCGACGAAACGAUUAUGUGACGCGGAUCGGUGUACAUCUCCAUCAAACAUGCAUUGUACAUAAAUAAUAAAUUUAUGAUAGUACAGUAGUUGUGAUAUAUGCUAGGAAUAGGCUGCAUUUUCCCGUCGCAGCCAUGCCCCCAUAUUGGAAUGAACAUGUACAGUACGUUCUGGAAAUGCAAACAGAGUGCAGAUGCUGGCUGAUGAA